AUGAUCAGCCAGAUCACCCCGGCUUGGCCAAGUAGCCCAACCAGCAGCGUCGACUCGCUCUUUGAUGACGACGAACACGACGGCGCGUUGGGCACAGACGCAACCGUCGACGUCAACGAGUACGAGCGCCGCCCCGGGUCCGAGAAUGCCGACGACCCCGUCGAGGUCAUGGUGGCGAGCAGGAGCGUACCGCCUAUAGAGGGGUUGUAUGUGUUCCCGGAGCUACUGCCUGCAGACGUUGCAAGCUCCGCCCUCAAUGCCAUCUCCGAGUCCGACCACUUUCGGGGCGGCGUGCGCGAUCAAGUCAUGCUUUUCACGGCAGCCCCGCCUGCGCCCUCAUCGCUCCCACAACACAUUACGGAGCUGGAAUCAACGCUGGCGGAUCUCAUUGCACCAUACCUGCCUCCAGAAGUUGCCCAGUUGGCGUUUGACCAGCGGCUCGCUCGUCAGGCGAUCCUCAACCUUUACCCUCCAGGUGAAGGGAUUACGCCCCAUGUCGACCUGCCAGGGCGGUAUGCCGACGGUAUUGUCGGUGUAAGCGUUACUGGUGGCUGUGUGAUGACUCUGGAACGGGUGGGGGCGGACAUGGAGCUGGGCGGACCUUCCCGGUACGACGUAUACCUCCCACCACGAACUGUGUAUGUCCUGUCCGGACCAGCACGCUGGGCAUGGUCGCACGGCAUCCCUGGUCGUACCUAUGACGUUGUCCAAGAGACCGCUGGAACCGUUACACUCCCUCGCUCACUGCGGACAACCUCACCGGUAUCGUAA